CUUUCACCCGAUUAUAUAUAAAAUCCAAAACCUUUCAAAUCUCCACAUUUUCAGACCGAAUCCGAGUCCGAGUCCGAGUUCGACUCAGAAGCCAUUGAAGCUCUCUCCAUCUCACUCGGAAUAUGCCUGACCUCGCCGAGACCUACGCCUGUGUCCCUUCGACGGAGCGUGGCCGAGGGAUUCUCAUCUCCGGCAGCCCGAAAUCCAAUUCCAUCCUCUACACCAAUGGCCGAUCCGUCAUCAUUCUCAACCUCGAUAAUCCUCUCGAGGUCUCUGUUUACGCUGAACAUGCUUACCCUGCCACCGUUGCGAGAUUCUCUCCCAACGCCGAGUGGAUCGCCUCAGCUGAUGUCUCCGGCACCGUUAGGAUCUGGGGGACCCGAAAUGAAUUUGUUUUGAAGAAGGAGUUCAAGGUUUUGUCGGGUCGAAUCGAUGAUCUUCAAUGGUCGCCUGAUGGGAUGAGGAUCGUUGCUUGUGGUGACGGCAAAGGAAAGUCCUUGGUUCGCGCUUUCAUGUGGGAUUCAGGAACAAAUGUAGGAGAGUUUGAUGGCCAUUCAAGGAGAGUUCUGAGCUGUGCAUUUAAGCCAACACGACCAUUCCGCAUCGUCACGUGUGGAGAGGACUUUUUGGUUAACUUUUAUGAAGGACCACCAUUCAAAUUUAAACAGUCUCACAGGGAUCAUUCAAAUUUUGUCAAUUGUUUAAGGUAUUCUCCAGAUGGGAGUAAGUUCAUUAGUGUGAGCUCUGACAAGAAAGGUAUUCUCUUUGAUGGGAAGACCGGAGAGAAAAUUGGAGAGCUCUCCUCUGAAGAUGGACAUAAAGGGAGCAUUUAUGCUGUUAGCUGGAGUCCUGAUGGUAAACAGGUUUUGACUGCAUCUGCUGAUAAAUCUGCUAAAGUAUGGGAUGUAUCUGAGGAUGGAAAUGGAAAAGUGAAAAGAACAUUGACUUGUCCUGGCUCAGGUGGUGUAGAUGACAUGCUAGUUGGGUGCCUAUGGCAGAAUGAUUAUCUGGUUGUUGUUUCACUUGGAGGAACAAUUGGCAUAUUUUCAGCAACUGAUACUGAUAAAGCCCCUGUGUGUCUAUCUGGGCACAUGAAGAAUGUUACUUCAUUAUCUGUUUUGAAAAACAAUCCAAAGGUUAUACUGUCCAGUAGUUAUGAUGGUCUAAUAGUAAAAUGGAUUCAAGGUAUUGGAUAUAGUGGAAAGUUAAAGAGGAAGGAAAACUCUCAAAUCAAAUGCUUUGCUGCUGUUGAGGAGGAGAUUAUUACUUCUGGUUUCGACAACAAGGUAUGGCGAGUUCCUGUUCUUGGUGAUCAAUGUGGAGAGGCAAAUUCAGUUGAUGUUGGCAGUCAACCGAAAGAUUUAAGCCUUGCUCUUCUCUCUCCUGAGCUUGCUUUGGUUUCAACUGAUUCUGGAGUUGUCAUGCUUCGUGGGACAGCCAUUGUGUCAACUAUUAACCUUGGAUUUGCUGUGACAGCAUCUGUAAUUUCACCUGAUGGAAGUGAAGCCAUCAUCGGUGGUCAGGAUGGUAAAUUGCAUAUAUACUCAAUUGCCGGCGACACACUUACAGAAGAGGCAGUCCUUGAGAAACACCGGGGUGCUGUUACUGUUAUACGAUACUCUCCUGAUGUCUCAAUGUUUGCAUCAGCAGAUGUGAACCGGGAAGCUGUUGUUUGGGAUCGUGCCUCUCGUGAGAUGAAAUUGAAGAACAUGUUAUACCACACUGCGCGUAUAAAUUGUCUUGCUUGGUCUCCAGACAGCAGCAUGGUUGCUACCGGAUCACUAGACACGUGCGUCAUCAUUUAUGAAGUGGACAAGCCACCAGCAAGCCGUUCGACCAUAAAGGGUGCUCACUUGGGUGGUGUUUAUGGAUUAGUUUUCACUGAUGAGCACCAUGUGAUGAGCUCUGGCGAGGACGCCUGUGUACGUGUUUGGAAGUUAACUCCACAGUGAUUAGAUCACCAGAACCUUCUUCUAGACCGUGCUUCGGGGUUUAUUUUCUUUUCUCUUAGUUUUUUUUCUUGGCUGUCUUUCCCAUGAGAAUGGAAACGAUAAUAUAUCUUUCACAACCAGAGAGAGUAUUCGAGGAGGUGCGGUAGCGUUGUUUUGUUGUCUGAUUUUGGAAAUGGCAAUACAUAGCAGCAGCAUGCUUCAUACCGAGCUGAAUGAAUCGAGAAGUUGAAGCCGAAAAUGGAUGGUUUUCCUUUUUUUGUAACCGAUCGUCCAUAAACUGUUCCUCUUAUGAUGAUUUUGGCAAAGUAAUAAGAAGUGAUACUUCUCCAUGUCCACCUGCAAUGUCAAAUUAUAAAAGCUUCUGCAUAUGAGGUAAGAAUUUUGCUCAUCAAUAUGUUAUUAUGGGGUGUUUGAAUCAUCAGAGGUCCUUUGUUGUCUGUUUUUAUUUAUUUAUUGUUAUUUUUUCAGUCCCAUCUUUAAUGGGUCCUAUGGUGAGAGGGUGAGAAUGUGAGAUAGUUUUUAUUUAUUGUGUAAUCUUAUGUUUCUAUAUUAAUGUUAUAAAUUAUGUUGAUUGUUUU